UAACGUAGACUUACGAAUUUGCUACUAAAAAUCGAUGCACCGGAGCAUUACCGCAUUGGCUUCUCCUCGACGCCUUGCCAUUCUCACAGUACAACAAAAUGUGACAAAACCCCGCGAAUUUUCGAACCCGCGAAACCAAACCUCUCUUCACUGCCAGUGACACUCCACCCAAAAUCUGGCAUUUCAAGCUUUAAUUUUUGUUCACUCUGUUUCAUUUCACAUUCAAAACGCAGCGUUUAGUCUCCGAAGUACUUCGAAAUCUUCCUUCUUCAACGAUUUAGGGUUGUGCAUCUUCUCGAGCUAUGGAGCUUCGAGCUGGAGGGAUCAUCGUCUGCACAAAACCCUAGGAAAUUGAGUUCUUUUUUUUUUUGUCUUUGUGAUGGGGAAGAGGAACACUGUGGUGGUGUUGUCAUCGGACGAAGAAGAUAGAGAUCGUUCAUCGAGCGCCAAUCGGAGAUGUACACCGACCAAAUUGACCUCUACGGUUCCGCGCACAAACCCUAGACGAUCCAAAAGGGCUCGUGUUUCGAGUUCUCGCGCUAGCUUGGGCACAGUACCAAGUAAUUGGGAUGAGGUCAAGCUGUUCUGUGAAGAUUUUGACGAAGUGUUUAGUGGGUUCAAGGUAUCUGCUGGUUCUGGAAGAAGCAACGUGAAGGAGUUAUGGGUCGAUAAAUACAAACCCCGUUCUUUUGAGGAGCUCGCUGUUCACAAGAAGAAGGUGGAAGAAGUUAAGUUGUGGUUUGAAGAAAGAUUAACAAGUUCAAAGAAGGAGAUGGUAAAACGGAGAUUUGGCGCUUAUAGUGGAAUGUGUGCAUCCGAUUUGACAGUUAUUGCUACUGAGUACACACCCGUGUUGAAAUGGCUUGGAUUUAGGGCAGUGCAUGGCUACAAGGAAGAAGACAAUGUUGAAACGAUAAGUUUUGACAGUCAAGAAACCGAAAUUUCCGAUGAUGAAAUAGAAGAAUGGUAA